AUGUUAAUUACUAUUGGACAGGCUAUUGUUUUAGUCAUGACUGGCACGAAUGGUAAUCCAGCGGAAAUCGGAAUUGGUAUUUGUCUUUUAAUUAUAAUUCAAUUGUCUGUCGCUGGUUUUACUAUUUUAUUAUUUGAUGAAUUAAUAGAAAAAGGUUAUGCUCUUGGUUACGGUAAAAUACUAUUUAGUGCAAUAACUGUUUGUGAAACAACACUUUGGCAAGCAUGCAGUCCAGUGACAAUAAAUACUAAACGUGGUACUGAAUUUGAAGAUAGUAUUAUCGCUUUAUUUCAUCUUUUGGCAACACAACAUGAUAAAAUUCAAGCAUUAUAUGACACAUUUUUUCGUGAAGAUUUACCUAAUUUAUUGAAUUUACUUGCCACUAUAAUUGUUUUUGCGAUUGCUAUUUAUUUACAAGUAAGAAAAUUCUUCUCCCAAUAA